GUGUCACAUGAACGUGCACCACCAGCAUUACCAGAAAAUCACGGACAGAAGUUACACACUUUGCUCCUUUCCUUUCGCACACGCAGACUCUCUCUCUCACACACACACACACAAGCAUCUUGUUUUUCUCUCUCUUGAAUUGUUGAGAUCUCCUCUCAUUUUGCCUUAGUGGGUGAAGAUGUUUAUCGACAAUUUCAAGGUAGAGAGCCCGAAUGUGAAAUACACAGAGACUGAGAUUCAUUCUGUGUACAACUACGAGACCACAGAACUGGUUCAUGAGAACAGGAAUGGGACCUACCAAUGGAUUGUCAAGCCCAAAUCCGUCCAAUACGAGUUCAAGACCGAUACCCAUGUCCCAAAACUAGGGGUUAUGCUCGUCGGAUGGGGUGGAAACAAUGGCUCGACCCUCACUGGUGGUGUUAUUGCAAAUCGGGAGGGAAUCUCUUGGGCAACAAAAGAUAAGGUACAACAAGCCAACUAUUUUGGAUCACUCACUCAAGCAUCCACCAUCCGAGUUGGGUCUUUCAAUGGAGAGGAAAUUUAUGCCCCAUUUAAGAGUCUUCUCCCAAUGGUUAACCCAGAUGACGUGGUGUUUGGGGGUUGGGACAUAAGUGACAUGAAUUUGGCAGAUGCCAUGGCCAGGGCUAGGGUGUUUGACAUUGACCUGCAGAAGCAGCUGAGGCCCUACAUGGAAUCCAUGGUCCCACUCCCCGGGAUCUACGACCCUGAUUUCAUUGCUGCCAAUCAGGGCUCACGUGCCAACAACGUGAUCAAAGGGACCAAGAAGGAGCAGGUUGAGCAAAUUAUUAAAGAUAUCAGGGCGUUCAAGGAGAAGAGCAAGGUGGACAAGGUGGUGGUGCUUUGGACUGCUAAUACAGAGAGAUACAGCAAUGUAAUUGUAGGGUUAAAUGACACAAUGGAGAGCCUAUUUGCUUCCGUAGACAAGAAUGAGGCUGAGAUAUCUCCUUCAACCUUGUAUGCCAUUGCUUGUGUGCUUGAAAACAUUCCCUUCAUCAAUGGAAGCCCUCAGAAUACCUUUGUCCCAGGGCUGAUUGAUUUGGCCAUAAGCAGGAACAGUUUGAUUGGUGGAGAUGACUUCAAGAGUGGUCAGACGAAAAUGAAGUCUGUACUUGUUGAUUUCCUAGUUGGAGCUGGUAUCAAGCCAACCUCAAUUGUGAGCUAUAACCAUUUGGGAAACAAUGAUGGAAUGAAUCUCUCUGCCCCCCAAACUUUCCGCUCCAAAGAAAUCUCAAAAAGCAAUGUGGUAGAUGACAUGGUCUCUAGCAAUGCUAUCCUUUUCGAGCCCGGUGAGCAUCCCGAUCAUGUGGUUGUCAUCAAGUAUGUGCCGUAUGUUGCGGAUAGCAAGAGGGCCAUGGACGAGUACACAUCGGAGAUAUUCAUGGGUGGGAAGAACACCAUAGUGAUGCACAACACGUGCGAGGAUUCCUUGUUGGCGGCUCCAAUCAUUUUGGACUUGGUCCUCCUUGCUGAGCUUAGCACUCGCAUUCAGCUCAAAGCAGAAGGAGAGGGUAAAUUUCACUCAUUCCAUCCUGUGGCUACCAUCCUCAGCUACCUCACCAAGGCCCCUCUUGUACCACCGGGCACACCAGUGGUGAAUGCGCUGUCAAAGCAGCGGGCUAUGCUGGAAAACAUUCUGAGAGCUUGUGUUGGAUUGUCUCCUGAGAACAACAUGAUUUUGGAGUACAAGUGAAAAGAAGCAGAAGUGUUGGGAGAAAGGUCUCUUCAAGAUUGGUUUUGCAACUCUCUUCUGUUUUCGUGUCUGUUUUCUAGAGAAAAGGAUCUGCUAAAUGUUUCUGAAAGAUCUAAUAUCUAUGGUCAUUAGAUUUGUGUAAGAUCUAUAUCCUGGUUUUCUAGGUGGAAAUUCAUGGGUACUCUGUUUGUUCUGGCUCAGUUUAGAGCAAACACCGACGUUUUCUUAAUGGAAAUGGAUAUAUUCUGAAGUA